UGGGAGGAGCUGGUAGGGGGCCAUUUCCAAAGUGCUUCUGCUGCUGGCUGAGCGCUUGGUGACCUACUCUUGGUCCUGGCAGGGCAGUGGCAGGCAGCGGAUGUGGAACCUUGGUGGCUGGAUGCGACAGAGAGGACACGCUUGAGAAGAGCACGAGUCUCACAUUUUUCCCCCCACUUCCAAGGCAUUCCCAAGAGCAGUGGCCUGGCCACCUUCUCCUGUGGCCAUGGAAAACUCCUUCCUCCUCAGGACCAAUUCCUCAUGUGCAGACUGCACUGAGACAGAGGAUGGGGGUCUGAAUAUGUCCACUCCCACACCAAGACCCAGCUUCUACCUCACAGUGCCAAUCAUGUACUCAGCCAUAUGUGCUGUGGGGCUAAUAGGCAACACCGCUGUCAUCUAUUUAAUCCUCAAAGCCCCAAAUGAAACAGUCACCAACAUCUUCAUCUUCAACCUGGCUGUUGCUGAUGAGCUCUUUACUUUGGUGCUACCCAUGAAUAUUUCUGACUACCUGCUCCUGCAGUGGCCGUUUGGAGAAUUCAUGUGCAAGCUCAUCAUCUCCAUAGGCCAGUACAACACCUUCUCCAGCAUCUACUUCCUCACUGUCAUGAGCAUUGACUGCUACCUGGUUGUGGUGGCCACCACCAAGUCCAGGAAGAUGUCCUACCGCACCUACCGAGCAGCCAAGAUUGUGAGCCUCUGCGUCUGGACCUUUGUCGCAGUCAUCAUCCUGCCCUUCACUGUCUUUGCUAAGAUAUACAAGGAGCAGGGGCGCUCCCAGUGUGUCUUCAUGUUCCCACAGCCCGAGAGUGUGUGGUGGAAAAGCAGUCAGAUCUACACCCUUAUUUUAGGCUUUGCCAUCCCAGUGUCCACCAUAUGCAUCUUCUACACCACCAUGCUGUGCAGACUGAGACGUGUGCACCCCCAUUGCAAUGCAAAAGCCCUGGACAAAGCAAAAAAAAAGGUGACGCUGCUGGUGGCUUUCAUCCUGCCUGUGUGCCUGUUCUGCUGGAUGCCUUAUCACCUUAGCACAGUGUCCCUCUCAUAG